AUGUUCCGCCAACGAGUGUCCAUCAAUAUUGAAUUACGGACCAAGAAGAGAGUGGACGAAGCUGACUCUUCCACUAAAUGCAUUCAGGACGCCGCAAAGAAAACGCUCCCGGUUUUCGCACCGAGGAAGAAGUUUGCCUUUGCAUCUGCGGAGACAGUAUCCAUGUACAGUUCUGCAUGUGUUGCCCGCACUACUGGUGACUUCAGCCAGGAGAAGCGCCUGAGAAGGGGGCUGCGUCGUCAGCUGAAACGCGAUCGUGAGAACGAAUGGACGUCAAGAGCAAAGGAGUUUGAGAAGGCGUGCGAGGACAAGAAUCCGAAAAAAGCCCAUGCUUUACUAAAACAGUUUAGCGAUCUUGGUGAACCGGCAAGCGCCGUCAGCUACUGA